AUCAUCAUGAUCGCUUCGUUCUUCGCAAACAUCUUGGCGAUGACGCAGAUCCUGACGUCGAAGAAGCUCAGGAAGAAUCAUCACAAUCUCCUGAUCGCCAAUCUCAACGUGAUCGACCUAGGAAACACUCUUUUCAGCAUGACGUUCUCCGUUGCCGCCAUCUUUGAUGAUGGAUAUCUCUUGAGGACCAACCCGAUCGUCUGCACGAUCAAUGGAGUAUGCGCCCUCACCUGUGCCGCCGGUAAUUUCAGCAAUGUCAUGUGCAUCGCCGUUGAUCGAUACAUCUCCGUCGUCUGGUCGACACGUUUCCCGCCAUCGCGACGUCGAGUGUACUUCAUGAUCGUUUUCGUCUGGGUGUUCAGUAUCACCAUCACGAUGCCACCAACGUUCGGGUUCUACUCAGUUUUUGUGUACACCGGGCACACCCACCACUGCACUCCUAGGUGGGAUGUUUAUAGCUAUUUCCUAAUAUGGUUCUCGCUUGUUUUUGUUGUGGCAGUACCGGUGAUGAUCAUCAGCUAUGCAUGUAUUAUUUAUCACAUCCGAAAGAGCGAUCGACAACUCCACGUUUACGACGGUAUCAAAACAAGCGCGAAAAUAUCCAAGCAGUUGUCAGAGUCUAAGGGCAGUGGCAGUCUGCAGAGGUCACAAAACCUUGAGCCGAAUGCAUUUCGUGAUUUGUAUUGCUGUCGCUUACCACAGGCGAAUGUCAACGCCCAACACGCUAACCUCGGGAAACACAGCGGUGAUGGUGUCUCUAAAGCACGUUUGAACCGAGGAUUUCAAGGUGAUGGUCUCGAUCUUCAUGAGAUCGUAAUAGACGAGAAUGAAGCCAGAAGAAUGGUACCAGGACCCUCUGUGAUUUCUGGGCGGAGAUGUAGCUUAUCAGCAACACAGUCCUUGCCGAUCGCUGGGCCGUCCAAAGAGGACAGCGACGACUCAAGAACCAAUGGAGCCAGUCAUAGCAAUGGUCAUUCCAGAUCGAGAGCAGUAAAGAAUGGGCCGCAUGCGAGGGUAUGCAUCGACUCGGACCAUCGUGCCCAUCUUAACAAUGCACUGAAUAAGCUACCGGCAAGGAAACUGAGAGUAGACAAACGGGUGGCUGUCACUGGAGCCAUGUUGAUCCUCACCACAAUAUUCUGUUGGGCGCCAUAUUGCAUCGUCCACUUCCCCAAUUUUCCAGACGUCAGCCAUUCUGUAGCGGUGGCCACCAUGUGGAUAGCAUACGCAAAUUCCUUGAUGGAUCCCCUGGUCUAUGUCUUCAUGAACAGGAAAGAAUGCACCAUCCAACACCUUAGCAGCAUCCUGACAUCUUUCUGUGAUGUACCAAGAAAGGCUUGGAGACGCCUUUGCGGUAAAGGCACUGACUGGUGACUUGGUUCUGUUGCCGUCGCCGCCAUGUGGAUAGCGUACGUCAAGUCAGUGCUGGAUACCUUGGUCUAUGUCUUCAUGGACAGGAACGAAAGCACCCUUCAACACAUUAGCAACGUCCUGACAACAUCAUGAGAUGUACCAAGGAAGACGUGUCAUACAGACGGUGGCUUUGUGGCAAAAGAACCGUGGACCGAUUGCCUUCAUCUUUCAUAAUUAUAAGACACUCGCCAUCCAACUGGCCAAGAACUCUGUUUUGCUCAAGUUGCGUGUGGGAAACCGAUUAUAAUGUCUUAAGCAUCCACCCUAUACUGUAUAUACCUCAAAUUCGAUUGCAUUUGUAACUAUACCUAUUUAUUGAGAGAUAUACAUGUAUAUUUCCUCAUGUGACCGAGUCGCGUUUAUCGCUCGUUGGGAGAUCAGCGUCGUUAUGCACAAGAAAACAGGCUGUGUCCUCUGGAAUAAGAACUUUAUCUGUCCAUUUUCCAUGUGGAGUGGAACAGUGUGGAGUGGAAUAUCGUCAAGUAAGUCCUUACAGGACAAAGACGACGGAAUAAUGCUUUAUAAGGCAUGAUAGCGUUUUAAUGCUCAAAUCAAGGAAUAAGUUCAGGAUCUUAUCUACCUCCUUACCUCUCUGUAAAGAUACUUGAUGUUAUGAGAAACACUCAUAACCUGACAUGUUCUCUAAACAAGUAUCACAUUGAAUCAGACUAAAUGAAUUUUUAAAGAUACACACCGCAAGUUGGACCCGGGUGCGUGCAAACGAAGGAGAGAUGUGUACAGUUAAUGUGAGACUGUACAAUGGAGCUUUGAGAUAAGAAUUGAUCAAAACUACCAUCCGUGCACGCUAUUUGUUCUUUUUUUUUCUCACGAGAAUCAUGUUCAUUCCCAACGCUAUGUUUAUAUAACCAUGCCAGAUUACGAAUUUGCAAGAAAAUGAGCUUUGCUUUAUAUUCAUGCUAUGAUUGAAAUAUCAUUGCGUUGCAUGUUUUAUGUAUGCCAGGUACAACUUUGAUCAAAUGAAAGUCCGAGGUAUGAUGGGCUUGGUGGCUUCUCAAUUCUCAUUAUUGACUUUCUAACGUGUCAUUGUUUGAACAACGAAGGUUGGAAAUAAACAACCUGUCUUUUGGUCAGUUUAAUGUAGUUUUGCCAAGACCAUCAACCACUUUUGUAUUAAUGAACUAUAAGA